GUGAGCCAGAAGGCUUAAAAUUAAUGUUUUUUUCAUGUACAUAAUUUUUUUAAGAUUUGUCAAAAAUUAGUAAAUAAUGUAAAUUUAACCCUAAUUAACCUUUCAACGGUAAAUUUUAUCUCAUAAAUUUUAUCCUAUAAAUUUUUUUGUAAAUUUUUUUUGUAAAUUUUGUUUUAUGUUAAAUUUUUGGCUGAUUCCACUGGGAAAAUGUGUUAAAAAUGUUUUAAAAAUGUUUUAUAAUUUAAUUGGUUUAGGGUUGGAGAAUGUUGGUUAGGGCCCGGGUUUCGAGUAAUAUUCCAGGAUUUUCCCAGUCUAACUUUAAAUUUGGGAUCGCCAAAACGGCAUUUUCCCAAAGAAACUUUGCGUCAACUUCUAAUAACACAAAGCCUAAGGUUUUAUUCCUAGGCUCAGGAUGGUCUUCCGUCUUCUUCAUCAAGAACUUAAACCCUAAACUAUUUGACUUGACUGUGAUAUCGCCGAGGAAUUACUUUACUUUUACGCCGUUGCUUCCUAAGAUUCUCUCUGGGAUGGUUGAGAGUAACACAUCUGCUGAGCCGAUUAUUGAGUACAUGAGGAGGUAUUUCAGGACCAAUUCGCAGUUUAUACACGCCAAAUGUGUCGAUGUGGAUUCUGACUCCAACUGUGUCACUUGCGCUCCUUUAGAUUCUGGGCCUGCGUUUUCAGUCAGUUAUGACUUUCUCGUAAUUGCAGUUGGAGCCCAAACUAACACUUUUGGCACCAAGGGAGUGGAGGAAUAUGCUUACUUUUUAAAGGAGCUUGAACACGCCGAGCUCGCGUUUCAGAGAAUUGUGGACAAUUUUAGAGCAGCAAGUAUGCCCUCGGUAACCAAUUCUGACCGUAAAAGAUUAUUACACUUUCUGGUAGUUGGAGGAGGUCCAACAGGUGUAGAAUCUGCAGGAGAGCUUUCAGUUCUUAUGAACAGUCAUUUGGGGAAAAUAUACCCCGAACUCAUGCCAUUUGUUAAAGUGUCAAUUGUGGAAGCUGGACAGCGUUUACUCCCCAGCCUCGCCCAAAACACUUCCAAAUACGUUUUAAAAGUGUUUAGCAAAAGUGUCAACAUGUAUUUCGGCAAGGUGGUGAGUGAGGUCAGGGAAAAGUCUUGCAUUUUAAAGGAACUUGCGAGUGGAAAUACUGAGGAGGUUGAGUGCGGAUUAGUCCUAUGGGCCAGUGGCCUUAAGGAAACCGAUUUGGUAAUGAAAUUGAAGAGGAAGUGGAACGUCCCAGAGGGCUCAAGAGCUCUCCUAGUUGAUCAAUACCUGAGACUCCAGGGCUCAAAUAACAUCUUCUGCCUCGGAGACUGCUGUAAAAUUACGCCCAAAAAGCUGUCGGAAAAUGUUAAAUUUGUGCUUGAAAGGGUGAAAAGUCCAACCCUAGAAGCACUUGUAAAGGCCAGAAAAAUGCUUUCCAGAGAUUUCCCCCAACUAAAUGGAGCUAAAUGUAACUUUAAUGACCCGAAAUUUCAGAAAUCACUGUCAGAAUUGAGUGAGAGAUGUGGUGACGGAACGGAGGAAUGGUUUGUAGAAGUUUUGAGGCUGGUGGAUCAGGGGUACUGUCCACCAUUUCCAACGGCCCAAAACGCUAAACAGGAGGCGAUUUACCUCUCAAAGCUAUUUAACAGUGGUGCAGUUUUAUCUGGUAACUAUGUUAAUGCGUUUUGUGACAAGUGGAAGGGCACGCUAGCCUCUCUGGGUGGGUUGAGAGUUGUGAUGAACUCGCCCCUAAUCAACUUAAACGGCGGACUAUUCCCACUAUUCCUGUGGAACACCGUCUACAUGCUCAUGUUCUCUAGCCUUAAAAUGAGACUCUCAUUCGCCUUCGAUAUGCUCAAGAACUUUCUCUUCUCACGACACCUCAUUCUCAAGAAAUAUAACUAAUAUACUAUACCAUA